CAACCACAGAACACACACUUACUAGCAGUUCCCACUCACUACCAGUCAGUUGACUCACUGUACGAGACCUCUCCCCUUCAGUCUACUGCAGGGUGGGAGAUGCAACAAUGGCCUUGAGAACACAAGGAAGUGUGUUGGUGGUCUUUCUCUGGCCUGUAGCAGUGGUACUGGGGCAGAAUGGCUGGAGUGUGACCUACACCACUCAGAGUAUCUGUACCUUGGAGGGGUCAACAGUGGAGCUGACCUGCUCUUACACAUAUCCCAGUAGUUAUACAGUCACAACAACCUUCUGGUUCACUAAAAUGGAGACUGGUGUAGAACCUGAAGAUAUAGGUCAGGACCCAGAGAAUGCAGGUCGUCUGGAGUAUCAUGGGGAUAAGAAGAAUGGUCACACCCUGAGAAUCACAGACCUGAGAGAGAGUGACUCAGCUACGUACAAGUUCAGAUUUAUAACAGAUCAGACUGGAGGGAGAUAUUAUGGCGAUCCUGGAGUCACUCUGUCUGCAACAGCUCUGCAGGUGAAGGUGACUCCAACACGGUCGGCAACGUCGAAGACACUGACCUGUAGCACCACCUGUACUCUGACUGGUAACCCCACCUACAUCUGGUACAAGAAUGGACAGUCUCUUUAUUGGCCCACUUCCCAACAAUACACUGUCCGGACUUCUGAAACAGAGAGUUACUCCUGUGCUGUUAAAGGCCAUGAGGAUCUCCACUCUCCGGCAGUGUGUGUUCAGGGUCAGAGCUGCAACAGAGUGACUUACACCAAGAGGAUAAUCUGUGUCUUGAAGGGGUCAACAGUGGACAUAUCCUGUACUUAUGUUGGUUAUUAUUCCACCAAAUCAUCAUUCUGGUUUAGAAGUGAUAAGUCGACCCCUGAGGACCUACCCAGAGACCCAGGGUAUGCAGGUCGUGUGAAGUACACUGACAAAGAGACAUGGAGAAAUGAAGGUCCCUCCAUCCUGAGAAUCACAGAUCUGAUAGAGGAGGACUCAGCUGAGUAUCGCUUCACUUUUAAAACAAAAAACUUUGAAUGGGGUCAUAGUUUCCCAGGAACAACUCUGUCUGUCACAGGUCUGCAGGUGAAGGUGACUCCUGCUGCAGAGGGACAGAAGACACUGACCUGUACCACCACCUGUACUCUGACUGACAACCCCACCUACAUCUGGUACAAGAACGGGCAACGUCUAGAUGAGCCCACUUCCCAACAAUACUCUAGUAAUAUGCUGGUGGUCUGGGAUUCUUCUGUGAACAUUUACUCCUGUGCUGUUGAAGGUCAUGAGGGUCUCCACUCUCCUGUAGUUUGUUUUCAGGUAAAGGUGACUCCUCAACAGUAUUCAAAGUAUAAGACACUGACCUGUAGCACCACCUGUGUUCUGACUGGUAACCCCACCUACAUCUGGUACAAGAACGGACAGAUAGUAACUGACAACACUUCCCCCUAUUCAGUCUACCCUAAUGCUGUAGACAGCUACUCCUGUGCUGUAAAAGGCCAAGAGUAUCUCCACUCUCCUGCAGUGUGUGUUCAGGGUCAGAGCUGCAACAGAGUGACUUACACCAAAAGGAGAAUCUGUGUCUUGAAGGGGUCAACAGUGGACAUAUCCUGUACUUAUGUUGGUUAUUCCACCACAUCAUCAUUCUGGUUUAGAAGUGAUAAGUCGACCCUUGAAGACCUAACCACAGACCCAGGGUAUACAGGUCGUGUGAAGUACACUGACAAAAAGACAUUGAGAAAUGAAGGUCCCUUCACCCUGAGAAUCUCAGAUCUGAGAGAGGAGGACUCAGCUGAGUAUCGCUUCACUUUUAAAACAUACUACUUUGAAUGGGGUCAUAGUUUCCCAGGAACAACUCUGUCUGUCACAGGUCUGCAGGUGAAGGUGACUCCUGCUGCAGAGGGACAGAAGACACUGACCUGUAGCACCACCUGUACUCUGACUGACAACCCCACCUACAUCUGGUACAAGAAUGGACAGAAUGUACAAGAUAACUCCUCCCCCAUGUACUCCAUCAGCAGUGAGGAUGCAGACAGUUACUACUGUGCUGUAAAAGGCCACAAUGGUCUCAGCUCUCCUGCAGUGUAUAAACCAAAGACCACAGUGUCAGUCAGUCCCUCUGGUGAAAUAGUGGAGGGCAGUUCAGUGACUCUGACCUGCAGCAGUGAUGCCAACCCACCUGUGCAGAGUUACACCUGGUGGUACAAGAAGAAUGGAGGUGACUAUCAGAGUAUGACAGGACCACAGCAUGUCUUCAAUCAAAUCCAGUCAUCUGACAGUGGAGAGUACUACUGUGAGGCCCAGAAUGAGAUGGGGACAGACAGGUCUAGCACCAUAAACAUGGAUGUGAAAUAUGACCCAAAGAGCACCUCAGUGUCAGUAAGUACCUCUGGUGAAAUAGUGGAGGGCAGUUCAGUGACUCUGACCUGCAGCAGUGAUGCCAACCCACCUGUGGAUAAAUACACCUGGUACAAGAAGAAUGGAGCUUCACUGACAGGAUCUGAAAAGACAUACAAUUUCACAACCAUCAGCUCUGAGGACAGAGGAGAAUACUACUGUGGGGCUGAGAAUAAAUAUGGACAUCUCAACUCUUCUUCUGUGUCUGUGGACGUUCAGUAUGGCCCAAAGAACACCUCAGUGUCAGUCAGUCCCUCUGGUGAAAUAGUGGAGGGCAGUUCAGUGACUCUGACCUGCAGCAGUGAUGCCAACCCACCUGUGGACAAAUACACCUGGUACUUUCAAAAUAAGACUUUUCAAAAUGGAUUUGGACAGAUGUACAACAUAAGUAAGUUCAAGUCUAAGGACAAUGGACAUUACCACUGUGAGGCCUGGAAUGGAAGAGGAUCUAUGAACUCUACAGCUCUGAUGAUCAGUUUACCAGGGAAACAGACCUCAGUUAUGAAUGCAGCUGUAGGAAUCAUAGUGGUUGUUCUGGUUCUCAUCCUCUGUCUCUCUGGACUCAUGUGGUUCAGGAAGAAGUCCUCCAAAUCCAUCUCUGAAACAAGAGACACAUCAGAGAAUGUACAGGGAGACUCUAGUCCAGUGUAUGACAACAUCUCAGGCAUGGCCAUGGCCCCUACUGCAACACAGACAGCAGCCACCGUCGUCCAGGAUGACGUUCACUACGCCAGCGUCCACUUCUCUCGCUUCAAAAUCCAGGAAGUGCCUCUGUACUCCACUGUCCAGCUGCAUCAACCCCAGAAACAGGACGAGGAUGUCCAGUACGAUGCUGUGAAAUUCAACUGCCCCAGUUAUGCUAACCGACCCACGGCAGCACAAACAGCUGACGAGGACUCCUAUGUUCUCUACAGUACAGUCAACAAACCCAGAACCAAGAAGACCUGAACAUUACAAACCCAGAACCAAGAAGACCUGAACACAACAAAUCCAUAUGCAAGAAGACCUGAAUAUUACAAACCCAGAACCAAGAAGACCUGAACACAACAAACCCAGAACCAAGAAGACCUGAACACAACAAGUUUGACAGAAACCCUGUAUAUCUGGACCUGUAUAGCCAAACUAAGUGUUAUAAUAAUGUAUCAUAAGAUAUGCCAUUUAGAAAAUGCUUUCAUCCAAAGCGACUUAUAAUCAUGUGUGAAUACAUUUUUCAUGGCGGUGGCCCCAUUGGGAAUGGAAACCAUGCAGCAUGCUCUACCAACUGAGCCACACAGGACUAUUCAAACUUAGUUGUACUGCUGAUCCAGGGUCAGUUUUGUCUUAUAAACAAUGCUUCCUCAGUUGUGCACCGGGGCCUCCCACUCCUCUUUCUAUUCUGGUUAGAGCCAGUUUGCACUGUUCUGUGAAAGGAGUAGGACACAGCAUUGUACGAGAUCUUCAGUUUCUUGGCAAUUUCUCGCAUGGAAUAGCCUUCAUUUUUCAGAACAAGAAUAGACUGAUGAGUUUCAAAAGAUUGUCCUUUGUUUCUGGCCAUUUUAAGCCUGUAAUAGAACUCACAAAUGCUGAUGCUCCAGAUACUCAACUAGUCUAAAGAAGGCCAGUUUUAUUGCUUCUUUAAUCAGAACAACAGUUUUCAGCUGUGCUACUAAUUGCAAAAGGGUUUUCUAAUGAUCAAUUAGCCUAAACUUGGAUUAGCUAACACAACGUGCCAUUGGAACACAGGAGUGAUGGUUGCAAUAAUAGGCCUCUGUACACCUAUGUAGAUAUUCCAUAACAAAAUCUGCCGAUUCCAACUACAAUAGUCAUUUACAACAUUAACAAUGUCUACACUGUAUUUCUGAUCAAUUUUUUGAACACGAGUCAUCUGAUUCCAUUUCUGAUCAUUCCACUGUUGAAAGAUGACAGUAUCUGGACUAAACUUCCUAAUUGGCUUCUUCUAUUGAAAUUUUUCAUCAAGAAUUUCUCAGUACUUUGCUCCGUUCAUCUUUCUCUCGAUCCUAACUAGUCUCCCAGUCUCUGCUGCUGAAAACAUACCAACAGGAUGAUGCUGCCACCACCAUGCUUCCCCGUAGGGAUGGUGCCAGGUUUCCUCCAGACGUGACGCUUGGCAUUUAAGCCAAAAAGUUCAAUCUUGAUUUCAUCAGACCUGAGAAUCUUGUUUCUCAUGGUCUGAGAGUCCUUUGGGUGCUUUUUGGCAAACUCCAAGCGCGCUGUUAUGUGCUUUUUACUGAGGAGUGGCUUCCAUCUGUCCACUAUACCAUAAAGCCCUGAUUGGUGGAGUGCUGCAGAGAUGGUUGUCCUUCUGGAAGGUCCACAGAGGAACUCUGGAGCUCUGUCCGAGUGUCCAUCGGGUUCUUCAGCACCUCCCUGACCAAAGCCCUUUCUACAACUUGACUGGAGUCCACCUGUGGUAAAUUCAAUUGAUUUGACAUGAUUUGGAAAGGCCCACACCUGUCUAUAAGGUCCCACAGUUGAUCGUGCAUGUCAGAGCAAAAACCAAGCCAUGAGGUCGAAGGAAUUUUGUGUAGAGCUCCAAGACGGGAUUGCUCAGUUUGGCCAGCCGACCGAUUACAUUCUACAGUCCUGUACUAUUCUGUUACAUUGUACAGUACUGUACUAUUCUAUUACAUUCUACAGUCCUGUACUAUUCUGUUACAUUAUACAGUCCUGUACUAUUCUAUUACAUUAUACAGUAUACAGUACUAUUCUAUUACAGUAUACAGUACUAUUCUAUUACAGUAUACAGUACUGUACUAUUCUAUUACAUUAUACAGUACUGUACUAUUCUAUUAUGUUAUACAGUACUGUACUAUUCUAUUACAGUAUACAGUACUGUACUAUUCUAUUACAUUAUACAGUCCUGUACUAUUCUGUUACAUUGUACAGUACUGUACUAUUCUAUUACAUUCUACAGUCCUGUACUAUUCUGUUACAUUAUACAGUACUGCACUAUUCUAUUACAGUAUACAGUACUGUAUUAUUCUAUUACAUUAUACAGUACUGUACUAUUCUAUUACAUUCUACAGUCCUGUACUAUUCUGUUACAUUAUACAGUAUACAGUACUAUUCUAUUAUAGUAUACAGUACUAUUCUAUUACAGUAUACAGUACUGUACUAUUCUAUUACGUUAUACAGUACUGUACUAUUCUAUUACAUUAUACAGUACUGUACUAUUCUAUUACAUUAUACAGUAUUGUACUAUUCUAUUACAUUCUACAGUCCUGUACUAUUCUAUUACAUUAUACAGUCCUGUACUAUUCUAUUACAUUCUACAGUCCUGUACUAUUCUGUUACAUUAUACAGUCCUGUACUAUUCUGUUACAUUAUACAGUACUGCACUAUUCUAUUACAGUAUACAGUACUGUACUAUUCUAUUACGUUAUAAUGUUAGAUGAUACAUAAUAUAUGUUUACUUGGUAUGUUCAUAUACAUUUAUUAUUGGUUUUAUGACAAAGUUAUGGUAAUAUUUUGCCUCAGUGUCCUGAUGCAAUGUCUCUUGUCGCUUUUAUAAAAACACAAAAUACUGGAAACUAUCAAGUGUGGAUUGUGUUUAAUAAACUGUUCAGAUUAAACUUCAUUGUCAUUGUUUUCACCUUGUUAGAACAGUAACUUCAAAGUAGCUUUCAAAAUCACACCUUUUGUACUGUACAUACAGUAACUACAAAUAAAACAUUUACAUUGGUUUGCA